UCUUCCACAACCAUCCAUGAGAAACCCUCCAAUAAGUUUCCUUUUAGCCGUAGCACUUUGUGUGCUAUUACUCUCAAAGCCUUCUCUCACAGUGUUUGUAAGCAUUGAUUGUGGAUCCUCUGAAUCUUCCACUGAUGUAAACAACAUAAGAUGGGUUGGAGACGAUAACUACAUUCAACAUGGAGAGUCACAUCAAGUCUAUUUGGGUUCUCACCCUUUGAGCACUCUCAGGGUGUUCCCAAGUGGAAACAAAAAUUGUUAUUCCAUCAGAGUUGGAAAAGGAGAAAAAAUUCUCACUAGGGCAAGCUUUUACUAUGGCAAUUAUGACGACAAAUUCUCCCCACCCUUGUUUGAUCUUCAGUUUGAUGGAAACUACUGGGCCACAGUGAACACCUCAAGUUACUAUUAUGUUGAUCAUGAAGCAAUAUAUGUGACAAAGGGAAACUUCACCAGCAUAUGUGUUGCUCAAACUAAGCCUAAUCAGUUUCCCUUCAUAUCAUCCCUUGAAGUGCGUAGCUUGGACCCCACAAUGUACGCUCAUGUUGACCCCAAUCAUGCAUUGAUCUUGCAAUGGAGAUAUGCUCUUGGUGGUAAUCAAACUAUAAGGUACCCAGAUGACCGUUUUGAUCGAAUAUGGACUCCAGCUUAUGGUAUAGGGCUUUCCAAAGUGAAAAGUGAGGCAUCUGGCAUUGCCACAAGCACAGCAGAAGAUCAUCCACCAGAAGCUGCACUUGAGAAUGCGAUUAUUUCCUCAAGCACUAGAGAAUACAUGCAGUUUAUCAAUAGGCUUUCCACAAAGGAACUUCCUAUUUACAUCACAGCAUACUUCUCAGAAGUGAUGGAAAGUGCAGUUGGCAAAAGAUCCAUUCAGAUGUACAUUGACAACAGGCCCUUCUUGAGUCCCAUAAUUCCUCCUUUUGGAAGUGUCAAAGAAGUGUACAUCACCAACAUGACAGCUUCAGCAAACACUUCGUUUAUUCUGCAGGCUUCGGCCACUUCCACCCUUCCUCCUAUACUUAAUGCUCUUGAAGUUUACACAGUGAGUGAUGCAUUAACUGCAGGAACUGAUAGCAGAGAUGUGGAAGGUUUGUUACAACUGAAGUUGGCAUUUGAAGUGCUUGUGGAGUGGAGUGGAGACCCUUGCCUACCAUAUCCGUAUAACUGGGAUUGGAUAAAAUGCACCACUGAUGUCAAACCUCGAGUAAUUGCAUUGUAUCUUAAUGGUUAUGAACUGCGUGGCACACUUCCGGAUUUCAGUUCCAUGAAUGCACUAGAAACCAUUGAUUUGCACAACAAUACCAUAGAAGGCCCCAUUCCUGAUUUCCUUGGUCUCCUGCCUAAUCUCAAGACAUUGAAUUUGUCUUACAAUAGGUUCAAUGGUUCCAUACCCACAUCUCUAAAGAAUAAAAACAUUGAACUUGAUACAACAAAUAAUUGCCUCUCGGGAAUGAAGUGUCAGCCUCAGAGUCUCAAUGAUUCUCCAAGUAAGUUACUUUCACCACCACCACCUCAACUUAUUUCAGGCGAUGAUCUCAGUCACAGAGAUUCUCCAAUUAAGUUACUUUCACCACCACCACCUCCUCAACUUAUUUCAGGCGAUGAACCAAACAAUCCAUCACCUUCAGAACUUCAUGCAGGGGAUGAACCUUCGUUAGGUGGAAGUUUGAAGAUUCAAGAUCUAAAUAUAGCAUUCAUAGUAGCUAUGCAAACUUUGCUCCCACUGCUCUUCAUUAAAUUUGUAUGAAUGGGAAAGUUUUGUUUAAUCUGCAUGAAACAUAUCAUGCAAGCCUUGUACUGCGUGUCUUUUCCAAAUGUUUGUGUCCGACUGAUUUCUUCUUUAUAUUAGCACUAUGUAAUGCUACAAGUUUAUCAGUGCGCCGCAAAUUAUCGCUGUGUCAACAACUUAACGUGUAAUUUGAAAGCUUAGUUGCAUUACUUGCUAUUCGACCUUAAUAGAACA